AUGGCUCUCAGCUUCUUCAGUGGUGGCGGGAGCGCCAGCAGCGCCAAGUACUUUGACAUUAGGUUGAAUGAUGAGUACAUCGUGUUUCGUGGUGGUGAACAUGAAGCUGCGAGCGCGCAUCUGCGGGGCACUCUGAUCCUCUGUUUGUCCGAACCACUCACCAUUAAACACCUCCGACUCCAGCUUACGGGCAUGUCCCGCGUUUGCUGGCAACUUCCAUCUAGUGCAGCCGCUGGUGGCCGCAAGUCAUGGCGCGAGCGAGUCUUCUACGAAAAAACUUGGAGCUUCCGAGAUCCAGGUAAAGGAAAAACUGAGGUCCUCCCUGCAGGCAACUAUGAGUACCCUUUCGAUGUGGUACUUGAAGGCUCUAUGCCCGAAAGUGUGGAAGGUCUUACCGAGACAUGGGUGCUGUACCGCUUCAAGGCCGAGAUUGGUCGCAAAUACGUCAAGGACAUCGUUGCGCGCAAACCGCUCAGGAUCAUCCGAACUCUAGAUCCCAGCGCUCUCGAGCUAUCACACGCAAUGUCCGUGGACAACAUCUGGCCCAACAAGAUUGAAUAUUCUAUCAGCACCCCAACAAAAGCCAUUGUCUUCGGAACCGCCAUCCACGUCGAUUUCAAACUGAUUCCCCUUCUCAAAGGCCUUCGAAUCGGUCAAAUUACGUCACAGUUGAUCGAAAGUCACGACCUGACCCUCAAUCCAGAAGACCCCGAUUCCAUUCGCAAUACAUACAAGGUCACAAGGACGAUCUUGACCGACGAGCAUGAGCUGGAUGAGGAUAACAUUGAAGUCAUUGAUGAGACGGCGGAGGGAUACCAAUGCACGCGUAUCCUAGAUAUGCCGCAGACAUUGACGCGCUGCCUUCAGGAUACUGAUACCAAGGGGAUCAAAGUCCGCCACAAGUUGAAGUUCCGUAUUCAGUUGCACAAUCCUGACGGUCACGUCAGUGAGCUCCGUGCUACUCUUCCAGUUUCGAUCUACAUCUCACCACACCUUGCCAUCGAUGACAACAACAACCUUCUUGCGCAAACCCCCCAAUCUACCCGAAUUACCGCCGACGAGCUUGCACACCAGGCCCCUCCCCUCUAUGGCGAACACACCUUCGAUCAGCUCUAUAGCGAGCUGGAUCCUAGCGGCUAUCGCACACCAGGUCCCGGCAGUGGCCCGGGCACACCAUUCACUCCUCUCAGUCGCAACAUCUCGUCCGAGAACCUCGCCUCCAUGAACGCCCUAACCAAUACCAAUAUCUCAGCUUCGGCACUGCAUCAUCGCCUCACAAACCUGAACGCAAGUCCCUUCCACCACUCCGUCACUCCUGGUACAGUCACUCCUGGCGAAGCGCUGCAUGGAUCUCAAUCCCCAAUAGACAGUCACCACAUUCAUCGCCAAUUGGGUGUUCCUAACGACUACUUCGGACCGUCCUCCGGGUCAAACUCACACAGCCAUGGCAGUCCGGAACUCUCCCGUCGACCAUCCGAUGAAGUGGAACCCGAAGGCCUUCCCUCGGGUAUGGCAACCCCCUUUCACCCCCAGUACGACGAGGUGGAAACUCUCAGCCGAGUUCCCAGCUAUUCGACUGCAGUGCGCUGCGCCGUGCGUCCCCGUGACUCCGGUCUCCCCGAUUACAACGCUGUGAUCGCUAGCAGCCUUCCUACGCUAUCAGUCCCACAGUCUCCCCAGCAGGCUUAUAUCCGCAGCGGUCGUGCAAGUGGAACUGCAACUCCCCUAGAGGUGCAGAAUCGCCCCAGCCUUUUCAACUCUCACGGCGCCAAUGCUGAUGAUGAGGACCGCAGACUUAGAAUUGUGCAAGCUCGCGCCAGAGCAUAA